ACGGCGGGUCGCGGAGGAGCGGAGCCGUCCGGUCGGUACCUGCUUAUCUGCUGACCCGUCGCUGCCGCCCGGCCCCCGCGUCUCCUUCGUCGUCCCACCAUGGCGGCCGCUGCCGCGGGGCUCCGUGCCUCCUACCACCGCUUGCUCGACCGCAUCGAGCUUAUGCUGCCGCCGCGGUUCCGGCCCUUUUACAACCAUCCGGCAGGUCCAAAAACAGUGUUUUUCUGGGCACCUAUUAUGAAAUGGGGUUUGGUAUGUGCUGGACUUGCUGAUAUGGCCAGACCAGCAGAAAAGCUCAGCACAGCACAGUCUGCAGUACUCAUGGCCACAGGCCUCAUUUGGUCCAGGUACUCUCUAGUUAUUAUUCCCAAAAACUGGAGUCUGUUUGCUGUGAACUUCUUCGUUGGCUGUGCUGGUGGCUCUCAGCUUUUCCGAAUAUGGAGGUAUAACCAGGAGCUGAAGGCAAAGCAGCAAGAAUAGCUGCAGCAAAGAGAUGCUUCAUACAAUGAGUCAAAUCCAACAACGCACAAACCCUUCCCCAUGGGACCUACCUUCACUAAUUUGAAUGUUUUUCCUUCUGAGAAAAUGAAAGAGGAAAUCUAAAUGUUUGGAGAGCAAGUGUUUUCUAACUGCAAAUAACCAACUAUCUCUCUACAGUUAAAUAAAGUACAACCUUUUAACUUGAAA